GACACGAGAGGUUCAUCAGGAUGAGGAUGGAGGUUUUGUUCAGGAUGAAGAUGGUCUGGGUCGUUCUGAUGAUGCUGUGUCUUCAUCACAUGUCCUGCUCUUCUGCUCAGGAGUGUCCAUCCACCCAUGACCUGCUGAACUCUCUGCGGCAGGUGGAGAAGAUGUUGGCCGUCCAUGAGGCGUCGUACCAGCAGGGCCUCCGCUCCCUCAGGAAGAAGAUGAGCGCUCUGCACAACAGCACCAUGGCCAUCUUCAAGGCUGGCGCAACCUGCCCCAAACCAGAGCCCCCCGCUCAUGGCCGCAGACUGGGCAGAGUGUUUGGCGUCGGACAUGAGGUCCACUUUCUGUGCAAGCCUGGCUACGAGCUGAUUGGCCCACGGACCCGAGUGUGUCUGGAGUCUCUGAGGUGGAGCGGCCAGCAGCCAAUGUGCAGACGCUUCAACAGCACCGGAAACUCCCUGGCCUCCUUCUCUCCUGCUGCUCCUUCCUCUUCUUUCUCUGGCUCUGCAGCUCUGUCAGCAUCCUCCUCCUCCUCCUCUUCCUCCUCCUCCUCCUCCUCCUUCUCCUCUUCAGCAUCUUCACCUUCUCCUGUCUACUCUUUAUUACCCACGUCUUCCUCCCCAUUCUCCUCCAUCCGUCCAUCUCACUGCACUCACUUCCUGGGCUCCACCCGCUGCACCUGUGAUGUGGGUUUCACCAUAUCAGGCCGCGACAACAACAUCUGCACAGACAUCGACGAGUGUCAUCUGUUCCCUCUUGGUCAACCCGGCCGGCUCUGCAUCCAUCAGUGUGUAAACACUCCCGGCAGCUUCCACUGCUUCUGUCCAGACGGCUACGACAUCUCCAGAGACGGCCGCAGCUGCACAGACAUCGACGAGUGUGAAAUCCGAAUGCACAACUGCACAGCAGACCAGCUGUGUGUGAACACCCACGGAGGUUUCCAGUGUGUGACGGUGGAGUGUCCGCAGAUGAAAAACGCCACGUACAUCAAGACGUCACCAAUGCGCUGUGAGAGGAACCCAUGCAUGCUGGGAGACAAGGCGUGCACUCAGGCACCAAACUCAAUCUCCUUCCACUUCCUGUCUGUGGUGUCCAACAUGUCCGCCCCCCGUGUCCUUUUCCGGGUGUCGGCAGCCCGUGUCCUGGGUGACACGCUGCGUUUCGGCCUGGCGGGUGGUCAUGGGCGGGGCUAUUUCAGUGUGCAGCGUUCAGGACGACAGACCGGCACCCUCCUCCUGGUGCAGCCCAUCAAGGGUCCCGCCACUCUGGAGGCUGAGGUGGAAAUGAGUGAGCUGGAACGCCACAACCUGCUGGGCCGCUAUCUCACCAAGGUCACCCUGUUUGUUUCUCCGUACGAGUUUUAG